AUGGAAGACGUCUACGGAAGUGCGUCCAAAGACUCGCAAGAAUUCGAGCAGGCAGUCGACGACAACGACGAAAUUGACAGCGAUUUUGCUUCGCUACAGAAGACGCUCAGUCAGAAGAGACGGGCGGCCAAGGACAGCCCAGAGUCCCGUCUCCAGAAGGCCUUCCCUUUUGCCUUUUCGCCAAAUAUCAGACCGCUGACUAUCUCGGACCUCAACUCUUGCGUGGCACUGGAGAAUGCGGCUUUCCCUAACUCGGCGCACAGAGCGUCUCGAGAAAAGUUUGAGUAUCGACUCACAACCUGCCCUGAGCUAAGCCUCGGUGUCUUCUGCACUGUUGUGCCCGACCAGGCCAAGGGAUGGCGGAUCGAGACCUUAGCCACCGCCAAGCCGGUCGAAACUGACCGUGCCGACGGAGCCGUGAGCGUACUGCUUGCACAUGUCAUAGCUACUAGAGGAUGUGGCGAAGUCGUGAGCGACGAUGACAUGGACGUUUCUAAAGACUGGCGCACCAGGGGCGGUAGAUCGGCUGACGUCGGUCACCAAGAGUGUGGGCAGACCAUCGCUUUGCACUCGCUGGCCGUGUCCCCCAAACUUCACGGCUGCGGAAUUGGCAAAAUGAUUGUGAAGGGGUUUAUCCAGCGGAUGAACAGCUUGGACAGGACUGAUCGCGUGGCUCUGAUCUGCCAAAAUUACUUGAUCUCGUACUAUGAGCGGUUUGGGUUCAAGAAUAUUGGUGAGAGCAAGGCAUCGUUUGGUGGCGGUGGUUGGUAUGAUAUGGUCUUUACCCUACCUGGACCACCAAAACUGCCCACGCGGGUCUGA